UUUAUUUUCUUCGUCUCCAACUCUGCUCAAGUUGACUUGUAAAAAAUGGAGAGUGUUGGGGUCAGUUCUCGGCUCUGCUUCAUUCUCUGUGUGUUUUUCUCAGCCUACUUCUUCGCCGGUGUCAGAUCGUCGUCGGCGGAGCUUCAGAUUCUCAACGCCGAGCGUAGAGUUGACUUGAGCUCGCACAUUAUUAGGGUUUCUCUGACGCUUAAGGUUGAAAAUAUUGGCACAACUCCUGCUUCUGAACUUCUCCUUGCUUUCCCACCGAAGCAAGUUGAUCACUUGGCAUGGAUUCAAGCAGCAGCUGUUACUGGAAAGAGGAAAAAGAAAACUUUUCUGCCACUUGAUGUAAAGCCAAGCACUGGACCUGACGGUCCAAAUGGAACUAAACACUACUCUGUGACUUUGGUCAAUAAAUUAGGGAGUGGUGAAUCUGUAACACUAGAAGUACUUUAUGUGCUCACUCAUUCUCUUGAGCCCUUCCCUGUAGAGAUAAGCCAGGCCGAGUCUCAGCUGGUCUAUUACCAUGACAGUGCAUUAGUACUGUCACCUUACCCAAUCAAAUCUCAGGAAACUUCUUUCCGGACCCCGACUAGCAGGGUUGAGUCAUUUACUAGACUAGAACCAACUGAUCGCUCAGGAACAGAAUUGAAAUAUGGACCAUAUGAGGACCGUCCCUCCUACUCGUUUAAUCCUAUACUUUUACAUUUUGAAAAUAAUAACCCCUUUGCUGUGGUUGAGGAGCUCGUGCGUGAAAUUGAGAUAUCACACUGGGGUAAUCUUCAGGUCACAGAGCAUUAUAAACUAGCUCAUGCCGGUGCUCGACAAAAAGGUGGUUUUUCAAGGGUUGAUUACCAAUCAAGGCAACAUUUUGGCAGUUCAGCUUCUUUUAAGCAUCUUCUUGCCGAGCUACCCCUGAGAGUUCAUUCUGUUUACUAUAGGGAUGAUAUAGGGAAUAUCUCAUCAUCACGUUUGCUAAUAGGUUCUAAGAAGUCAGAACUGUUGAUUGAGCCACGGUAUCCAUUAUUUGGGGGCUGGAAAGCUACUUUUGUCAUUGGAUAUGGGGUGCCAAUACAAGAUUUCCUAUUUGAGUCAGCUGAUGGUGCACGCUACCUGAACUACAGUUUCGGAUGCCCUUUUGCUGAAACAGUUGUUGACAAGUUGACCAUAAAAGUGGUACUUCCUGAAGGAUCAGAAGACCCUUCUGUGGUGGUUCCUUUUGAUGUGCAGCAGAGUCUGGAGAAAAAGCACUCAUACCUUGAUGUUGUUGGAAGGACUGUUGUUGUUCUGGAGAAGAGAAAUGUAGUUCCUGAUCACAACACUCCUUUCCAGGUCCACUACAAGUUCAAUCCAAUUUUCAUGCUCGCCGAACCGUUGAUGCUAGUUUCUGCAUUCUUCUUUGUCUUCUUGGCUACCACUGUGUAUCUGCACAUGGAUCUCGCUAUACGCAAAUCUUGAUAGCAGUAUUCAGCGAAGCAGAAAUUCUCAGAAGAAUAUUCUUACGUAAUCAAAACGCUUGACCUAGAUGUUUAACACCCUCUUCUGGUCAGCUCAACUGUUGCAGGUUAAGUAUUGCAGCUAUAGUGAAUGUCAGGCAGGCAAUUUUGCAGUUGAGUGAUAGUCAUAUUACCCCUUCCCCAAAAGAGUAGAAGACACAGCAUGUAAACCUGUUACCUAUACUUAAUACUGGUUGGCAUAUUUAGGCCACUUUCCUUUGUACUAGUUUCAUGAAAGACAUUUUGGUUAUUGAAUUCAAAUUAGUCAGGUCAUAUAAUUUCUUCAAUUCAUGACCAAGUAUUUUCACCUAUUAUUGUACGCUUUUGCCUUUUCCAUUUUGAGACCGCCAAACAAAUGAAAUGAAAUGAGAAAGACUAUAGUAUCAGUAACUAAAAAUGGUUUAGGGGAAAGACGGUGACAAGCGGUGUAUUAUAAACAAAAUUGUAAAUCCA